UUUCCGGAUACAACUACGUUUGCUUUUUUUAUUUUACAGAAUAUUAUUAUCGUUUUACAGAAAGCCUAAAGAUGUCGGAAAGAAAAGUUUUAAACAAAUACUAUCCAGCGGAUUUUGAUCCGAAUAAUAUCCCUAAGAUGAGAAGAGAGAAAAAUAGACCUUUCAACAUACGUUUAAUGGCACCAUGUAACAUGAGGUGUGAUACUUGUGGUGUGUACAUUUACAAAGGAAAGAAAUUUAAUUCCAGAAAAGAGGAUGUAGAGGAUGAGACUUUCCUUGGUUUGAGAAUAUUUAGGUUUUAUAUCAAAUGUCCAAGUUGUGUAUCAGAAAUUGCUUUUAAGACAGAUUUAAAAAACACAGACUAUGUCCUAGAAGCUGGAGCUACAAGGUUAUUUGAGGCUGAGAAAUUGGCAAAACAAAUGGCAGAGAAAGAACAACUAGAAAAAGAACAGGAAGAACUAAAUAAUCCAAUGAAAUUAUUAGAAAACCGAACAAAAGCCAGUAGAAAUGAGAUAGAAACAAUUGAUGCCUUAGAAGAAAUAAGGGAUAUGAAUACAAGGAAGGCUGCUGUAGAUCAUGCAAAGGUCAUAGAGAUGCAUUUGGAGUAUGAAAAACAGUUACAGAAAUUACAAGACGAGGAGGAAGAGAAAGAAAUUAGAUCUAUAUUUGGUGAAAAGGAUGGUCUGGCUGUGAAGAGAUUACAGGAAGAUUCUGACAGUGACGAUGACAAACCUAAAACUAAAAAGUUAGCUACAGAAAAACCUACAGACAUUCUGUCACAGAUUUCAUCAGUUAUACAACAAAAAACAGAGAAGAAACCAGAAGCUUGGGAGAAAAGUGUGGGUGGAUUUAACAGCAAAAAAUCAUUAAAAGGACUAGUUGUAAGAAAGAAAGCUACAACAACUGUAACCUCUAAGCAAAGUGACAAUCAGUCUGAAAAUAGCAAUAAUAGUGAACACAGAAAUAGUAAAGAGACAGAAAAGAAAGCAGCUUUACCUACAUGGCAGAAAAUUAGUCAGACUCAAUCUAAUGGAGAAUCUGUUACUGUUAAUGGUACAGAUACAACAGUGAAAAGUAGUGGUGUCAGCUCCACACCCUCAACAAAUACAACAGUGAAAAGUAGGGAUGUUAGUGCCACACCCUCAACAAAUACAUCAGUGAAAAGUAGUGAUGUUAGCACCAGACCCUCAGGACUUGGACUCUUAGGAAAUUAUUCAGAUUCUGAUAGCAGUAAUGAAUCGAAUUAAUUCAAUAUAUUCUUGCCAAUUCACACAAUAUAUAUUUUUA